UUAGAAAGAAGAAAGAUGGAAAGUGGUGCAGUUCUGCUGGAAUCCAAAUCCUCACCAUUGAACCUUCUGCAUGAAAUGCAUGAGCUUCGGCUUCUGGGUCACCUGUGUGACGUGACAGUCAGCGUGGAGUAUCAGGGCGUCCGUGAAGACUUCAUGGCCCAUAAAGCAGUGCUGGCAGCUACCAGCAAGUUUUUUAAGGAAAUGUUCCUUAAUGACAAGAGUGUGGAUGGUACUAGGACUAACGUCUACUUAAAUGAAGUGCAGGUUGUUGACUUUGCUUCAUUCCUUGAGUUUGUCUACACGGCAAAGGUACAGGUGGAAGAAGAUCGGGUGCAGCGAAUGCUGGAAAUGGCUGAAAAGCUGAAAUGUUUGGACUUAUCAGAAACUUGUUUUCAAUUAAAGAAACAGAUGUUAGAGUCCGUACUUUUGGAGUUGCAGAAUUUCUCAGAGUCUCAGGAGGUGGAGGCGGGCAGUGGCUCCCAAGUCAGUGUCACUCCAGCGCCCAGGGCCAGUGCGGCCACAGAGGGCCUUCACUCCAAUGGCCUUGCGGAGUCCUCAGACUACUCAGUAGGGAGAGUCAGCAAUGGCAUGUCUGACGACAUGCCACCCAGGAAGUCCAAGGAGAAACUAGACAAGAAGAAAGAGGUAGUGAAGCCUCCCUACCCUAAAAUCCGGAGAGCUAGCGGAAGGCUGGCUGGAAGGAAGGUCUUUGUGGAGAUCCCGAAAAAGAAAUACACGAGAAGACUCCGAGAGCAGCAGAGAAGUGCAGAGGAUGAGGUGGCGGACUACAGGUGUCCGGAGGACCGAAGCCCGGAUAGUGUGGGUACAGAGGUGGAGCCAGUUGAAAAAAACGAGGGGUGCUGUGCAGGUGCCGAGGGAGAGGAAGUGUUACAGAAAGCAGGGGUGGAGGAGGAGGAAGAGGACGAAGAGGACGAAGAGGGGGAGAAGAAGAAGAGCAACUUCAAGUGCGCCAUCUGCGAGAAGGCGUUUCUGUACGAGAAGAGCUUCCUGAAGCACACCAAACACCACCACGGGGUGGCCACUGAGGUGGUGUACCGCUGCGACACCUGCGGCCAGACCUUCGCCAACCGCUGCAACCUGAAGAGCCACCAGCGCCACGUGCACAGCAGCGAGCGCCACUUCCCUUGCGAGCUGUGCGGGAAGAAGUUCAAGCGCAAGAAGGACGUGAAGCGGCACGUGGUGCAGGUACACGAGGGCGGCGGCGAGCGGCACCGCUGCGGGCAAUGUGGCAAGGGCCUGAGCUCCAAGACGGCGCUGCGGCUGCACGAGCGCACGCACACGGGCGACCGGCCCUAUGGCUGCACCGAGUGCGGGGCCAAGUUCUCGCAGCCGUCCGCGCUCAAGACCCACAUGAGGAUUCAUACAGGGGAGAAACCUUUUGUCUGUGAUGAAUGUGGUGCAAGAUUCACUCAGAACCACAUGCUGAUUUAUCAUAAAAGGUGUCACACAGGUGAAAGACCAUUUAUGUGUGAGACAUGUGGCAAGAGUUUUGCUUCCAAGGAGUACUUAAAACACCACAAUAGAAUCCAUACUGGAUCCAAACCCUUUAAAUGUGAAGUAUGUUUCAGGACUUUUGCCCAGCGGAAUUCACUUUACCAGCAUAUUAAAGUCCAUACAGGGGAGCGUCCCUACUGCUGUGACCAGUGCGGCAAGCAGUUCACCCAGCUCAACGCCCUGCAGCGCCACCGCCGCAUCCACACUGGGGAGAGGCCGUUCAUGUGCAACGCCUGCGGACGGACGUUCACUGACAAGUCCACCCUCCGGCGGCACACCUCGAUACACGAUAAGAAUACUCCAUGGAAGUCUUUCCUUGUUAUUGUAGAUGGCUCGCCCAAGAAUGAUGAAGGGCACAAGACUGAACAGCCCGAUGAAGAAUAUGCGUCGUCCAAACUCUCGGAUAAAUUGCUGUCUUUUGCAGAAAAUGGCCAUUUCCACAACCUGGCUACAGUCCAAGGCACUGUACCCACCAUGCACGAGAACAGUUCUGCAGACACAGCCUGCAAGUCGGACAACUCUGUAGUGUCCCAGGAUGCCCUGCUCGCCACCACCAUCAGUGAGCUCAGCGAGCUGGCUCCACAGACAGACUCGAUGGCCACACAGCUUCACUCUCUGACUAACAUGGAAUAGAGCUUGAAGUUACAUGCCAGGAAGAUCCCAUCCUGUUAGUCUUUGUCUGUGUGUGAUAGCUGGACUCAAGAUGAUGUCGGGGCUAAGAGAAAUAAUUGUCUGUGUGCAAAGUUGUGGGCAAGAAUGGCCUCUGCAGAUUUUCCUGAACUUAUGCUAACUUGCACGGCUUUAUCACAGCAUUUUAAAGGCUUUCCCUUAACAAUCCCGAUCUGCAUGAUGUCAGCUACACUUUAUCGACAAAGCAGUGAACAUAACCUCACUUAAUUCUGGUGCAGCUUGUGUGUGUUAAUCAUUCUAAUGCUUAUCUAUCUUGAUGUUUAGACAACCGCGUGUCUUCGUUGCAGAGUACAAAGCAUUGAUUCAGCUCAUGAAAUUGCUGUUAGUGGUCUUCCUGGUCUCUCAGCCUGCCUUAUAUUUCCAUGUGGGUUUACUUCUCUGAUACUUACAAGGUAUUUUUUUUACCAAGCUGAAAUAAAACUGGGGCCACAUAUUUUCAGCUUUUCUUCCCUUUUGAAUUGAAGCAAAUCAGAUUUGCUGUGUGACCCUGGAAUAGGACUGAAGAAAUGGAUUAUUACAGGU